GUUUCAGUGUAGUGCAAAAAAAACAGCCACACACAAGUUGCAAUUUAGCCAUAACAAAACAAAUCGGCCAACGACGCUACCAUUGCGUCUGGCGUCUGUUGCUGCACGCGUUCUUAAUUGCUAAAAUAGUGUAAAUAUCCGUCUACAUAUACAUCUUCAAUACAAGCAACAAUAGCAACCGUGGAGCUGACACAGGCCACAAGUACGACGGUCAGCUGCUACCUUGAGCCUGAGGUUGAGCCUGAGGCUGUGGUGAGGUGAGUUGUGAGUGCGCACCCACGACUACGAUUAUCCCGAAUCGGAAAUGGAUGAGCGCGAGAGCCUCUACUUUGAUACGAUCUCGCUGGCCGAAUCGGAGGCAGCGGCGGCGGCGGCACAUCGCAAAUCGCUGUCACAGUCGCGCAACACCAUUUACCAUUCGGCGGUGGAUCUCGCCGGGGAUGAGUCACGCAACAGCCUCCGAUUGGCGAGCGGGUCCGCUGCUGAGCACAUGCGCCUAGCCUGGCAGCCGGGCUAUCGCCAGUCGACGGCCUUGGAGCACUUGAAUGGCGGUGCCGAUCAUACGGAUGCUGCGAUCGCCGCUCAGGUGCUCGCCCUCCAAAAUGGACGCACACAUCUGCCCACUGGCAUUGGGGUUGGAGGCGGUGGCGGUGGCGGUGGCAUGAGCGGUGGCGGUGGUCACUAUGGUCAUGGCGCGACUGCUGGCGGUGGCGAUGAUGAGGUCUCUAGACGUCUAUUAAGACAAAGUAGCACAGUUUCGAAUAAAGAUAAGAAAUUGCCAAUUACAUACUCCCAGUGGAAAUUGAGGACGUAUCGACGCUUUAACGAUGGCAAACGAAGCGUGGACUUUGUGCUCGCCUACAAUGGCGAGGACCUCGACGAGGAGGCUGCGAAUAAGCGCAAAAUCUUCGAGGCCAAUCUGAUGCGCGAGGGCAUCGAAUUGGAAUACUACAAGGAACAGUGGGUGCACUUCAUCAAGCUGCAUGCGCCGCCCGAUGUGCUCCAUCGCUACGCCGAGGUCCUCAAGAUCAAGAUGCCAUUGAAGCCCAUACCGGGACAGGAGCAAAUCAUUGCGGAGACCACGCUGGAGUUGAAGUCGUGGUUCACACGAAUGUGCCGCAGCCUCUUCAGUUCGGUGCAAUUGAAUACGGAUGUGUUUCCCGACCGCGAACAACGCAUUCACAUGGAGUUUGCGCAAAAGUAUCUCGAGCUAUAUGAUAAGGAGCAUCCCAACUAUUUUGAUCCCAGCACACGGUAUUCCAUCAUCAAUUUUGUGAUGCAGCGACAGCACUUCGAGCAGGGCGAGGAGAAGGCUGACAAUCUCGGCAUCGAGAAGCUUGUCGAGGACGGUGUCUAUUUAUGCGCCUACACGUUGCACGACAAAGAUCGCCGAGGUGAGCUGCUAAAGGAAUGGGCGAGCAUUCGCAAAUGGAAGAAUCUGCAGCCGUUGGACUACGUGAAGGACUAUUUUGGAGCCAAGGUGGCGUUAUAUUUCGCCUGGCUGGGUUUCUAUACGCACAUGCUGAUGCCGGUGAGCGUGCUGGGCAUCUUCUUCUUUUUGUACGGCUUUGUUACGUGGUCCAGUGAUCCGAUCAGUCAGGAUAUUUGCAAUGACAACGAUACGAUCAUGUGUCCACAGUGCGAUAAAGGGUGCAACUUUUGGCGCCUCAACGAGACGUGCACUUCAUCGAAAUUCAACUAUUUGAUAGACAACAAAAUGACCGUGGUGUUUGCCUUUGUGAUGGCCAUUUGGUCGGUGAUCUAUCUGGAGCUGUGGAAACGCUAUUCGGCCGGUCUGGUGCACCGUUGGGGUCUGACGGGCUUCAAUCAUCACGUCGAGCAUCCGCGUCCCCAGUAUUUGGCUAAGGUGUCACAAUCGAAGCGUCUCAGCAAGAAGCUGGGGGAGGCAAAAACCUUGGAUCCAGAUGUGCCCUUCUGGAGCAUCAAGUUCUGGCCUAACUUUACCAGCUACAGCAUUAUGGUCUUAUUUAUCUGCAUAUCAGUGAUCGCCAUUUCGGCGAUCAUCAUCUAUCGCAUGGCACAGCGGGCCUCACAUAGCAUUUUGGCCAAUGAGAACACAAUGACAUACAAGAUAAUGGUGCUACCAAUUACAGCCGGUUUCCUCGAUCUGAUCGUCAUCUCUAUACUGGAUCUGGUCUAUAGCAGCUUAGCGGUGCGGCUCACAAAUUACGAGUAUUGUCGCACACAGACCGAAUACGAUGAGAGUUUGACCAUCAAGAACUAUGUGUUCCAGUUUGUCAACUAUUAUUCAUCGCUCUUCUACAUUGCAUUCUUCAAAGGCAAAUUCGUUGGCUAUCCCUCCAAAUACAAUCGCAUCUUCAGCUUUCGCCAGGAGGAGUGCAAUCCGGGCGGCUGCUUGAUGGAGCUCUGUGUGCAGCUGGUCAUCAUAAUGGUUGGCAAACAGGCGGUGAAUGCCAUCGUCGAGAUGCUGAUACCCUAUUUAAUGCGCACUGCCAAGGAGCUAAAUCAGAAUUACGGCUGGUUUAAGCGGCACAGCGAACAGAAAUUGGUCCCAUCCACCAAUCAAUUCACCGAGGACUUUAAUCUGCUGCCCGCCGAGAAUAACUCGCUCUACGCUGAAUAUCUUGAAAUGGUGAUCCAAUACGGGUUCAUAACGUUGUUUAGCUUGGCAUUCCCGUUGGCGCCGCUGCUGGCGUUGAUCAACAAUGUGAUCGAGCUGCGCCUCGAUGCCAUCAAGAUGCUGCGAUUCGUGCGACGUCCCGUGGGAAUGCGUGCUCGUGAUAUUGGCGUCUGGCACAGCAUAAUGACUGUUCUCACGCACAUUGCAGUCGCCUCUAGCGCUAUGAUAAUUGCAUUUAGCACAAACUUUAUACCAAAACUAGUCUAUAAAGCGACUCACGAUGAUCCCGAGCUGAACGGCUAUCUCAACUUUACAAUGGCUGCUUUUUACACUAAAGACUUCGAGACGGACACGCUGCUGAAUGUCAGCGCGACUGCCAACGUAACGGAGUGCUACUACACCGAGUUUCGCAACAAUGCUUGGGAACCGAAUCCCUACAAGAGACCCGUGGUCUACUGGAAGAUAUUGACGGCUCGUCUCGCCUUCAUUGUCAUCUAUCAGAAUAUUAUUACCAUGCUGCAGGGCAUUUUGCGCUGGGCUGUGCCCGAUGUCUCCGGUCGUCUGCUGAAGCGAAUCAAGCGCGAGAAUUUCCUGUUGCGCGAGCACAUCAUCGAGUUUGAGAAGAGACAGGCCCAGGAAUUGACGCAGACCAAACUGCAGAGUCAGCAACAGCAGCAGCAGCAGCAGCAGCAGCAAACAGUUGGCUCUGAGCCAGAGGAUUUGUUGCGUCAGCGACUGAAUGGCAACAACAAUAACAACAGCAACAAUAAGAACGCUGCUGGCGACAGUUCGACCACCUACGUCUGAGAUUCUAUCAUCAUUAUCAUCGUCAUGAUCAUCAGCAGAAGAAACCAAGUGCAUUUUAGUUGUAAGCCUCGAAUGUUGAUUUGAAUUUGUUACCGGGGCAAGAAGAACACGGCUUAUAUACUUUUGUAUAUAGUACAUCACACACACACAAAUACAUACAUAUUUAUGUGUACAUAGUAUAAAUUAUAUUAUUAAUUUCUCCACUACUUUUGCCCUGAAUUGUUGUUGUUAACUAUGUGCUGUACUUAAGUAUAGAAACUCAUUUUAGAUGCAAUUGCUCAAGGCGCUAAAUACUUUUGUGUGUGUGUGUGUGUGUAACUUAAGAAUACAUUUGUGUAUGUGUAUGUGUAUGUGUAUAUAGUGUGCAUACAUAUAUCAGGAUAAGUGUGAGCAACUGUUGCAUAAUUUAUGUUCUAUAUAUGUAAAUCCAAAAUGAAUUGCCAAAUUGAAAAGUGUUCGUAGAAAAAUGCGACUGAUGCAACAGACACUCGAAAUUAUAGACAUCACAUCAUAUAGUUGUAUGUGUGUGUGUGUGUGUGCAUAUGAGGUAUUCCCUAUCGAAAAAUGUUCUGAUCGGCACUGAAGGUUAAGCUUAUUCCUUAAGCUGUUAAGAGUUAUGAUUGCUUUGAGGAACUUUUUCUGUUUUACAAUCAAAUAUAUUGAUUCGUUAAUUUUUUGUUUUUCGUACAAAUUCGAUUAAUUUUGCAAUUAUCGUAAAAUGGAAAAAUAAUGGCAAAAUCAUUCUCUCUUAAGAUUCAUGCCAAAUUCAUCUUAAUUCAAUUCAUUAUUCAAUAUUUCAUACUCUAAAUAGUACGAGAAUUUCCGAUUUGUGUUUUUUAGAAUGCCAAAUAUAUGAAUGUUGCAUAGACACACGCACACACAUACAAUUUUUGAUAGAUGUAUCUAGAUGCACUAGUAGUAGAUGUAUCUUUUGAAUCAUACUGGUUAUUUCUAAAGCAUAAGCAAAGGCGAAAGCGAAAGCGAAUUCAUUUGUACCUUGUCGACACACGCGUAAACAAACAAAAAUACCAAACUAAUCAGAUGCAUAUGCCUAGCAGAUGCAUAUGCAUGUUAACACUAAUAAACAAUCCAAUGUACCUUACAAUUUACACAACAAACAAACGAAAACAAAACAACAAACAAACAAACAAACAAACAUUACACAUGUUUAUAGUAGAUUCGUACAUGUCCUAUGUGUGUAUUUUUGCGUGUACUUUUAACUCGUUUUAUUUUUCAUUUAUAGUGUAUUAUUUUUUUAAUUUGAAUUUUAUUGUUUUCUCGAUCCUUUUGUUUUUUGUUUAAUGUCUUCGCUAAGCACACACUGCAUACAUGUGUUUUAUACAACAGCAAAUUACGAGAUACGAAAUAGUAUAUUUUAUUAUUUUGAUAAAUAUAUUUAUAUAUAUACAAAUGAGAUGCGUUGCGAUCCGCAGAAUGUUCUAAUGUAAAUUUAUAUAGCAUUGUUAACAUUUUACAAAACACAAAACAAAAACUAUUAACAACCAAAAUGUAAAUUGAAAAUAAUUAUAAAAAUAAUUGUAUAAAAAAAAAAAAAAAAAAAAAUAAAAACCAACAAAACAUAAUUUCUAAGAUCAUA